CAAUCAUAUUCAAUCCAUCAGAGGCACUUGCGGCACUGCUCUAAUUUGUUUCCUUUUUCCUACAUUUUUUUACUUGCAGUUCUGUUCAUAUUUCGGUCAAAAUAUGGGCCAGGAGAUAUCCCAACAAUCAAAUCAACAACAACAACAACCACACCAACAACAAUCAGCCCACCACAAGCGACAGCCACAGCCACUGCCACUGCCACAAAAGAAGAGUUUCUAUAGCAACAACAACAACGGCAGAAGCAGCAGCAGCACCACCACCACCACCACCAGCAACCAGCAACAGCAGCAGCCCAUUUACACACCCAGCAGCUGCACCACCAGCAACAACACUAGCCACAACCCCAACCCAAACCCCAACCCUAACCCUAACCAGAAUCAGAAUCAGAACUACCGACUACGCCACAAAUACAAUCUGAGCAAGCAGACGUACGAACGCAGCAAGAUCGUGGCCAGCAACACGAGCACCAGUCAAUCGGACACGGACUCCAACUACGCGAAGAUCAACAGCAAGUAUCUGCAGAGGAGCUGCUCGCAGAGCUCGGACAGCGGCAUAUACAACUCGUCGUGCCACUGCUCCUCGGUGUCCUCGCUCUCGGCGGUGAGCAGCAGCAGCAGAAGCACCACCAGCAGCACCGGCGGCUCCAGCCGGGGCUGUCCCAGCUCGCUGGUGUCCAGCAAGUCCCACAGAUCGCUGGACAAGCAGAAGCACUACCUGAGCCACCACCUGUACAUCAAGUCGUAUCUGGAUAUCUUGGAGGAGGACGAACGGGCACGCGCACACUUCAAGUCGGCCCGCCCCGGUGGCAUACGCAACUAUACGCCAAAGAUCUUGGCCAGCAGUGACACGGCCAGCUCCAGCUGCACCUCCAUCUCCCCAUCGGUGCUGUCGACGAGUGCGCCAGCUUCGGGCAUCAGCUACGGGCCAGGCAGGCGAUCGAGUGUGUCGGGCACGGGCACGGGAGGAGCCACCUCAACUGGGAAACAUUGCCAGGAAGAUCCCGUCGAUCCCGAGAACAAGGUCCAGGAGCCAUCUGUCAUCCGACGUCAGUAUGAUUUCGUUGUGAUCGGUGGCGGCUCGGCGGGCGCUGUGGUGGCCAAUCGCCUGAGCGAGGUGCGCAAUUGGACGGUGCUGCUGCUGGAGGCGGGUGGCGACGAGACCGAGAUAUCGGAUGUGCCCGCCCUGGCCGGGUAUCUGCAGCUGACGGAGCUGGACUGGAAGUACCAGACGACGCCCUCGUCGACGCGCCAGUACUGCCAGGCGAUGAAGGGGGACCGCUGCUUCUGGCCGCGGGGCAAGGUGCUGGGCGGCAGUUCGGUGCUGAAUGCGAUGGUCUAUGUGCGGGGCUCGAAGAACGACUACAACCACUGGGCCUCGCUGGGGAAUCCGGGCUGGGACUACGACAGCAUGCUCAAGUACUUCCUAAAGUCGGAGGACGUGCGCAAUCCCUAUCUGGCCAAGACGCCCUAUCACGAGACGGGCGGCUAUCUGACCGUGCAGGAGGCCCCCUGGCGCACGCCCCUGUCGAUCGCGUUCCUGCAGGCGGGCAUGGAGAUGGGCUACGAGAACCGCGACAUCAACGGGGCCCAGCAGACGGGCUUCAUGCUCACCCAGAGCACCAUCCGGCGGGGUGCCCGGUGCAGCACGGGCAAGGCCUUCAUCCGUCCGGUGCGCCAGCGCAAGAACUUCGAUGUGCUGCUGCAUGCGGAGGCCACGCGCGUCCUCUUCGACAAGCAGAAGCGUGCCAUUGGCGUGGAGUAUAUGCGGGCCGGACGCAAGCAGUUGGUCUUUGUCCGGCGGGAGGUGGUCGUCAGUGCGGGGGCCCUCAACACGCCCAAGCUGCUGAUGCUCUCCGGGGUGGGGCCCGCGGAGCAUCUGCAGGAGCACAGCAUCCCGGUUAUCUCGGACCUGCCCGUGGGCAACAACAUGCAGGACCAUGUGGGCCUCGGCGGGCUCACCUUCGUGGUGGACGCCCCGCUGACAGUGACCCGCAAUCGCUUCCAGACCAUACCCGUCUCCAUGGAGUACAUAAUGCGGGAGCGCGGCCCCAUGACCUUCUCGGGGGUGGAGGGCGUUGCCUUCCUGAACAGCAAGUACCAGGAUCCGGGCGUCGACUGGCCGGACGUGCAGUUCCACUUCCUGCCCAGCUCCAUCAACUCGGACGGGGGCGAGCAGAUCCGCAAGAUACUCAACCUGAGGGACGGCUUCUACAACACGGUGUACAAGCCGCUGCAGCACAGCGAGACCUGGUCGAUACUGCCCCUCCUGCUGCGGCCCAAGAGCACCGGCUGGGUGCGCCUGAACUCGCGGAAUGCCCAGCAACAGCCCAAGAUCAUACCCAACUACUUUGCCCACCAGGAGGACAUCGACGUCCUGGUCGAGGGCAUCAAGCUGGCCAUCAAUGUGUCCAAUACGCAGGCCUUCCAGCGCUUCGGCUCCCGGCUGCACAACAUUCCCCUGCCCGGCUGUCGGCAUCUGCCCUUCCAGUCGGACGCCUACUGGGCCUGCUGCAUCAAGGAGUUCACCUUCACCAUCUACCAUCCGGCGGGCACCUGUCGGAUGGGUCCCAGCUGGGAUGUCACCGCCGUCGUGGAUCCCCGCCUGCGCGUCUACGGCGUGUCCGGUGUGCGGGUGGUCGACGCCAGCAUAAUGCCCACCAUUGUCAAUGGCAAUCCCAAUGCCCCGGUCAUCGCCAUUGGCGAAAAGGCCUCCGACCUCAUCAAGGAGGACUGGGGUGCCCGACGACCCACUUCCACUCCCACUCCAGCAGCACCUCCGCUGGCUUCCUAGCUACCCAAAAACCAACCCCCCCACCCCAUCCUCCCUCCAUGCUCUAUCGCUAAUUUAUGUUUCAACUAGUCAAAUGUGAAUUAAUUAAUUGCUACUCGUAUGAAUUUCUCGUUACGUUCUCCUGCCCUCUUAAUCUCUGCCUAAAUUAUGCUUAGUGUCUUAAGUUAAUUUUAUGUACCAUUUCCAGUGAGUUUUUUUUUUUUGUAUUUGUUUGUUAUUGUA